CAGCCACUCAGACAGUGUUAUGGGCAUGUUUGCUGGGCUCGGGACCCCAAAGCUGGACUUCAGUCUGACAGUGUAGUAUUGGGAAUCAGUUCCAGCUCCUGCUUGCCAGGUAAUCAUAGCAGGCUCCUGGAGGUGCAGAAUGACUCUCCUUGAUGGCGUGUACCCCUUCUACAUGCAGCAGAGAAAAGUCUCUAUGUUUGAUGUCAGCACCAUCAUAGUGCUCGUGGUCUUCCUAACAUUUGCCUGCAGUUUCCUGCUCAUUAUCCCAGGCAUCCGUGGACGGGUGAGGCUGUACUGGACUCUCCGGGUUCUCUUCAGCCUCAUCAUGGGAGUGGUGAUCGUCACUGUGCAGUUCACGGGAGACUGGGAGACCGGCUGGGUGAGGGCAAACACCUCCUACAAGUCCUUCAGCCCAGCGCUGGUGAGCGCGGACAUUGGGCUGCACAUUGGCCUGGUGGGGGUGAACAUCUCGCUCAGGGGAAACCCAGUGAAUCAGGUCAAUGAGACCAUCAACUACAAUGAGCACUUCCCCUGGAGCGUCAAUGCAGACUAUGACCAGAGCUACAGCCAGGGACUGGAGCGGGGGCUGCCCAGGCCCAUCCUCUACGUGGCAGAGAAGUUCACUACGCGAAGCCCCUGCAGCAUGCAGAGGCGGUACCGCAUCUCCAGCCACUAUGCAUCGGCCACUCUCUGGGUGGCCUUUUGCACUUGGCUCAUCUCCAACAUGCUCUUCUCUAUGCCUGUCCUAGUCUAUGGAGGCUACAUGCUCCUCCUCACAGGGGCCUUCAUGAUCCUUUCGCUGCUGUCAUUCUCCACUGUGAGAAACUCCCCGAUGUGCCUAAUCCAGUUUGGAACUGCAACCCUGCACACAGGCUAUGGAGGAUCCUUCUGGAUCACGCUGGCGAUUGGCUUGCUCUGUUUCAUGGCUGGGAUCAGUGUUGUCACACUGCACUACUGCAACUUGGACCUCCUGAAAACUUUCUUUGAUCUCCGUGAGGACAAAGCAGAAGAGUUCCAGGGGUGACUGAAGCGUACACCAACUUUCAUCUUGCGAACAGGGCACUAUCUCCUUCUCAGCCCUCCAAACUCAACCCCAAUAUCAUUUAGAAGAAAGUUUUUUCACUCAUUCCCUGAAGUGGGCCUGAAAGGGCAGAGCACAAACACUUCUUGAUGUCCCCAGAGACCCAUUUUUCCAUCCAACUGCCUUUGAAGACUGCACGGAUCCGUGUUGGGAUGGGUACUUGCUAAGAAGUGCCUUUGCAGACUGUGACUCCCUGACCAUGCCCUCUGGAAAGGGCAGUCUUUGCAGGGAGCCAGCAGGCUGCCAUCGGAGCAGCUCCCAGCUCUGGUGGGUCGAGCUGCACACUCAUCUGGGGAUCUCUGUUCUAACAGAAAUGCCCUUCCUGGUCCAUCCCUGGCACAGCUUUG